UCCCCCUCCUCGGUUUCUUCCCCAACCUCCAAUGCGUCCGUAACACUUUUAUGCCAGUGAACCAGUUAGUGCAUGAUUAUGUGAAUAUGAUUAUCAGACAACAUUGUCAUGUUUGACUUGUUUUACAAGUCAAUUAGGAUCUUGGUACUUAUUAUUAUUACUAGGACUUGAAUUAUCCCAGGUGGUGAAGGUUUUUUUAUACUUAACUAUUUUGUUUGAAAUGGAAAUAUAUUGUAUUCUUCUCAUGAUUUUAAUGAAAUGAAGAACAUGAAGUUGUUUUCAUGUUUGCAGAUUGAAUGAAUUCUAAAGUUCUAUUUCAUUCACCAAUAAUUAGAACAUCAUUAAUCCUAAAGAUACACCCUUUAACUCGUUAGAAACAAUUUUAUGCAGCAAUCUUUCAUGGAAGAGACUAAGCAAAUUCCUGCCUCAUAUCCGAUAGAAGCAUCAUUUAAUCUCCAUAGGAAAAUUUCUUGCCAAUUAACUUAAUAUCUGACGGAUCAAUCUCUUCGAUUCUUGAUGACUUUUUUUUUUUUUUUUUGAUUUAGGUGCAAAUAUAGGAGAACUUGUAAUAUUUCUGUAACACAAGAACUUUGGAAUAUCUUCGGUUACAUAAUCUAUCAAAACAUUCUUAAUUUGCAAGCUAAUCAGGAAAGUUCAACAUAGGAGUAAGAAACUAGAAUUUCUCAACCCUGAUUUUCAGCAAUGGAUAGUAACUUUCAGUUUCAGGAAAACCUUGAUUCCAGCCCUUUGGAAAUCUACAAUUAAACUUGUAACUGUGGAAACUUUAAAUUUACUAUUAAACUGAUCUAAUUAAACCAUGAAAACUCCUUUUAGCCGCGUGGGAAGAUUCACGAGGAAAUCAUAACUUUGUUUUAAUAGCUUUGUUUCCCUCUAAACAGUUGAAAAAAGAUAUACCUAAAGAUUCUAUAAAUUCUUUGCCUCUCAUGGUCUCUUAACUCCACUUAAUCCCUCUAUCAAGGCACCAUCAAGAAAAUCUUCCCUUCUGCCAAGAAAAACACAAAAACAAAGACAUUCUUCUCUAUUUCAUCAACAUGUUUUCAUCUGAUUCAUCAUCAGAACAAUACUUGACUUUGGGUCUAAGAGUUAACCCCCAAUCUCCAGGAUGGUAUGAAAGUCUGACCAAAGUUUUGAAGAAUAUCAAAGGAGCAGCAUACACCGUAGAUGGAGAACAAGGUAUGGCUCUUGUUCCUGGUAGUGCAAACUCCAAAUCAAUUCUGAUGAAGCCGAGAAAAUCAGGUUCUGAUGUUGUCUGGAUCGAGACCGGAAAGCCAAAUACUUAUGGCAGCCGUGGAUGCUAUGAAACUGAUCCAUAUCUUCAGUACCCUUACCAGUAUGGUCAGCAGCCUGGUUACCAUUACAGCAGCUAUCAUGAUCCCUAUGUUCCUAAUCCACCACAUUUUGAACCUUACAGCUCUUGGUCCACUCGCUACUAUUAGAGUUGUUGAUCAUAGACAAUUGGAACUUUCUUUUAUCCAUUUGUCUAAUGAUUUUCAUUUGAUUUUUUCGGAUAAACCCCUUUUUUUGUUUUGUUUUUAUGAAUGAAUCCGUCUAUUAUUAGGAUUCAUAUGGAUGCAACAGAAGU